UAUAGACUCUUUGGGUAUAUGUGUCAAACAGCUGUCAUUAAUGUCAAAAAAUCAGCUGUUUUGGUUUCCUCGCUGGUCGCUCGCAAUUUGUAUUUUUGUAUGAAAAUCUGAAUCUGAAAUUCUGAAGCAGUUUCAAAUUUAGCCAUAAUAGAAAUAAGAAAAUUGUAACUUUGGCUCCAUUUACGUUAGGAUAAGUUGUGAAAGAGCAAUGCUGUCCGCGAUCAAGUUAGUGGUAUCCGAAAAUGGAAAACUAAUUGACUCAGUAACUAAAGAAACCAAUACGCAAACAAAUCAGCUAUUAAAAUCAUUGGAGGUGUUUCAACGAUCUGCAAAUGAUGCUCUGACUAAGUUGAUCGAAAAACAAUGUGGGGAUGGAGAUUCAGGUCACAGCAUGGAUGAUAUGGAUGACAUUGACGAAGAAGAUGAUGCAGAUGAACAAGUGAGUCCACGAAAAAAAAAGAAGUAACCUUUUUUAGUGUAGAAGUAGUGUAGUUAUUACAUAGAAAUAAGUUUUUAUAUAAAUUAUCUUGAAAAUUUGUAAUAAAACAAUGAUGCUUUUGUAUUCAGUUUUAUUAUUUUCUUAAUUAUACACUAAUGUAACAAUGACAUUACAUGUAUUUACAGUAUAAUAUUUACAUGUCUAUUUAUAACAUUAUAUAAUCAUUAUUCAAUUUCAAGUAUUUCUUGUACCAAAGUAUGUCUGAUGGAGUCUGGGCCCUGCAUAGGUUGUACCUUACACAAGAUUAUAGUAUUAAGAUUAUUAAGAUUAUAGUUAUUAUUAUUUGAUUGUAUUGUAUUUGUAAUGGUAUAGUUUUAAAUUUCAUCUAAGUUUAUUGCUGCAGCAUAAAUAUAAUUAGCACAACCUUCAUUGUUAUUAUUGCUUUUCUUGACAAUAAAAUUUAUAAUACUAAAAUCUUCCUUAAUUAAAUUGUACAUAGCCAAAGAUAACUUAAUAAUAAUUUACUUAAUAUAUUCAUUUACUGGAAUGUAACAUGUUAUCACAUUACGAAGCUCAUAUCUUUUUCUUAAUAUCUAUGUUUUUGAGAAAAAAAAUUGGUAACUACAUAAUAAGUAGUGGCAAUGGAUUGAAUAGAGUAGGUACCUAUAUAAUAUCUAAAAUGUUUUUUAUAGGAUUAUUUCAAUGACCCAAUCAAAUAUAUUGAAAUAUUUAUUGCUUAGAACUCAUAGAAUAAUUUACCUUUGGAACUAGGUUUUUUUUCUAAUACAUACACAUAUUUUGAUUGACGUCUCCAUAAUCUUGUACUUCUCACAUUCAUUUUAAAAACAAGACUGAUAAAUGGAAUGAUUUUCGAUAUUUUUCUUCCAAAAAAUCAUGUUUAUUGUAUAAAAAAUGCACCUGGCAUAAAACUACACAUCAAAUACAGUUCAUUCACAAU